UCGCACCGCCCCUCCGCGGUUGUGCAGCCCCUCCGCACUCGCAGUCGCAGUUGUGGGCUGCCACCUCUGUGGACCCUGAGCGUCAGAGCCCAGCCGCCACGGCCACGAUGUGGGUCACGCUGCCGCUGCUCUGCGCCGGAGCCUGGCUCCUGGGAGCCCCCGUCUGCGGCGCCGCGAAACUGUCCGUGAACUCCUUAGAGAAGUUUCACUUCAAGUCAUGGAUGUCUAAGCACCAUAAGACAUACAGCACGGAGGAGUACCACCACAGGAUGCAGACGUUUGCCAGCAACUGGAGGAAGAUAAAUGCCCACAACAAUGGGAACCACACAUUUAAAAUGGCACUGAACCAAUUUUCAGACAUGAGCUUUGCUGAAAUAAAGCACAAGUAUCUUUGGUCAGAGCCUCAGAAUUGCUCAGCCACCAAAAGUAACUACCUUCGAGGUACUGGUCCCUACCCACCUUCCAUGGACUGGCGGAAAAAAGGAAAUUUUGUCUCACCUGUGAAAAAUCAGGGUGGCUGUGGCAGUUGUUGGACUUUCUCCACCACAGGGGCCCUGGAGUCUGCGAUCGCCAUCGCAACCGGGAAGAUGCUGUCCUUGGCUGAACAGCAGCUGGUGGACUGUGCCCAGGACUUCAACAAUCACGGCUGCCAAGGGGGUCUCCCCAGCCAGGCUUUCGAGUACAUCCUGUACAACAAGGGGAUCAUGGGUGAAGACACCUACCCCUACCAGGGCAAGGAUGGUGACUGCAAGUUCCAGCCUGGAAAGGCCAUCGGCUUUGUCAAGGAUGUAGCCAACAUCACAAUCUAUGAUGAGGAAGCGAUGGUAGAGGCUGUGGCGCUCUACAACCCUGUGAGCUUUGCCUUCGAGGUGACUGAGGACUUCAUGAUGUAUAAAACGGGCAUCUACUCCAGUACUUCCUGCCAUAAAACUCCAGAUAAAGUAAACCAUGCAGUACUGGCUGUUGGGUAUGGAGAAGAAAAUGGGACCCCUUAUUGGAUCGUGAAAAACUCUUGGGGUCCCCAGUGGGGAAUGAACGGGUACUUCCUCAUCGAGCGCGGAAAGAACAUGUGUGGCCUGGCUGCCUGUGCCUCCUACCCCAUCCCUCUGGUGUGAGCCAUGGCUGCCGCAGUGCAGACUGGCGGAGAAGGAGAGAAACGAGCAGCUGGGCCUGGGUGGAAAUCCUGCCCUGGAGGAAGUUGUGGGGAGAUCCGCCGGGAUCCCCAGCAUUCUGCCCUCACCUCUGUGCCCAGCCUAGAAAUCUACAGAGAAGGAGGAGUUCCACCACGAGCUCACCUACGUCUGUGACGCAAAGAUCACCAGCCAUGUGCCUUAGUGUCCUUCCUAACAGACUCAAACCACAUGGACCACGAACAUUCUUUCUGUCCAGAAGGGCUACUUUCCACACAUAGAGCUCCAGGGACUCUCUUUUCUGUAUUCGUUGUUCAAUAAACAUUGAGUGAGCACCUCCCUGGAUGGA